AUGGCCGACAAGUUCCCCUCUGUUGAGGACCUAGAUUCUGAUGCUACCGCCGACAAUAACAUGGACACCACUCAAAUGUCCGACGAGCCUUCAGACUUCCUGGCCCGUGAGCGCGCUCUCCUUGGUGACGAUGCCGACCAAUUCGCAACCCCCGCCGACAACUCCGCUACCGUUGAGAAUGACGACGACGACCUUCUUGGAGGAGGCCAGUCCUACCAGGCUCCCGCCGAUCACGAAAUGGGUGGUUUCGAAUCCAGUUUCCCUGCUAUUGACACAUCAAACGAGGGAGUAGCACCCGGCGGCACAAUCACCGGAUCCACACUACCAUACCAGCCCAAAUCCAACCAAGCCUCAUACGAAGACGAGUCCGAACCCGACGUCAUCCGCGAAUGGCGCGAGCGCAGAGACAUGGCCCUCCAGCACAGAGACGAGGUCUCGCAGAACAAAAAGGAAGAGACCGUCAAAGCCGCCCACCAAGCCAUCGACGACUUUUACGAGAACUACAACAACAAGAAGGACAAGACCGUCUCCCAGACCCGCAAGGACGCAGAAGAGUUCCUCAAGUCCAGAGAGGACACCACCGCCGGCGGAACCAGCUGGGACAGAGUCUCCAAGCUUGUUGAUCUCAGUGGAAAGGGCAGCUCUGGCGGUGCUCAGGGCUCGGCAAAGUCAAAGUUCAGAGAACUGUUGCUCAACCUUCGCAAGGACGAGAACGCCCCUGGCGCCAGCGGUUACUAG